AUGCCGUUCUGUAAUAAUAUGCCUUACUCUCGACCCGAUGACCUUCAGCAACGUUCAGAUCUGAAUGGGCGAAAACGUCGAGGGAACUUGCCAAAAGAAUCUGUCAAAAUCUUAAAGAUGUGGUUGUACGAGCAUAGAUAUAACGCCUAUCCAUCAGACCAGGAGAAGCUGCUACUGUCCAAGGAGGCCAAUCUUAGUCUUCUACAGGUGUGUAAUUGGUUUAUCAACGCUAGACGUCGCAUCUUGCCAGAUUUGAUUCGGAAAGAAGGACAUGACCCUCUACAGUACACAAUAACAAGGAAAAGCUAUUCAAACAGAAAUGUUAAUAUUAGACAGAGAUACAGCACCGGAAAGUCCGAUAAAUCUGAUCAUGAAAGACUAGCCAAACCUCCCCAGGCUUUUUUUUCUUUAACUGACGAUAGCGCCACCGACGGCGACGUAGAAAGUGAAGACAGUUCGAGUGAAGUCUCUCCCUGUGACCCUCUCCAGGUAGAUUCCGUGACCCCUUUAAAACUGAGAAGACGCUGGCAACAGUCUCAUGAACAAGAACUCUUGAAUCGAAUUGAUCAUUUACCUUCUCGACUGUCAGUUGUGAAAGUCUUGCCGUGUGGUGGCCACACAGAAAUGAAGUUUUCCACUAACCCACAUAGUCGAAAGAUCAUUGUACCCGUUAACGGCAUAUCUUCUUCCCAACAUUCAUCUGUGGAUAAAAAGUUCUGUUUUCGUGAUAUACAAGGCGAGUCGAACUUCGUUGUUUCCUCAAACCUCAGCACCGAACCUCAAAAUUCAGCUCCACAGCCAUGGGAAUCGGAGCCCAACACUCCACCACUUUCGCCAUCUGGUGAGGGGAAAGAAGAUCCCUUUAGUUGCUUAUACAUGUUAGUGGACGCCGCUGUUGGAGUGCUUGAAAAGCAGCGAGUGGAGAAUUCUAACUUAUGAUGUCGGCUUUCUUGCAGCUAGUUUUACACGUCCAAUUGUGCCUUUAAGUUUCUUGUAGCGUUUACUUUAGAAAGUUAAAAACUAGUUCUCCAUAAACUAAAUUAUGAACGUGUAGAUGUUUUGGUAGGUAGACACUACAAGCUAACUUAACAUUUGUAAGUAGUUAUUGCGUCAUUAGGUUCAGGUACAUGCUAUUUUCAUUGUUUGAUAUAACGUACUUCCAAUUCUUGCCUUUUUCUUCCUGGACGAUACCUGAACUUCUGUGGUAGUAUGUACAUUUGACAUUUAAACGGAAUGUUUCAACCCAACAUUGACGCACCACAUGACCAUAGUUGGAUCAGAGUUCACCAGAUUCAGAGCAGCUUAAAUAAAGUAACAGUCGACAAGUACACGUUUCUGUGUGUAUAUAUAUGUUAUGUUAGUUAAGACUAUUUUAAUCCAGCGUUAUCUCAAGAUUUAUUUACGAAUAACAGUUUUUCACUUGAGAACCGAAUCGUGUAGCCAAGAUGAACAGGUAGUUCAAAGUUUGGAAUGGUUUCAGUGAUCAAGAGAAACUAAAAUAUAUGACAGUUUAUGGUAGUGAAGAAUUACGUAGAUCCAACGACAAUCAAGUGUGCGAGUUUGAGUGAAAUUAAGAAAACUUUAAUUUAAAGCUUAAGCCAUUUUUUCGGUUUAUCUAUUUAUGGAGAUUACAUGAAAUGCUGAUUACUUCGGCAUUUCAAGGAUUGUUUAUUUAUGAUGUUGCAGUGACCACCUUUCAGUUUUGUUUUGUUUGUUUGUGUGUGUG